AUGAACUCAUUCCACGUGACGCUCCCCCUGUCCACUCAAACAAUAUCGUUCGAAGUGGCAACGUCGCGGGAGCGCCCGGGUCGCUCACAGCGGCUUCUGCAGCUGCUCGGCGAGAACGGCAACGUCCCUGAGACGGCAUCAAGCCGCACUACGCGACCCUCCGGAGCGUGCCGAGCCUCAACCUGGUGCGGAAGCAAAGCUUCUCCACGACACCAGUCGACUUGGUCUGCGACAGCACCUGCACGGAACCCGCAUCUCGGACCGGGCCGGCUGGCGCGCCGAGGCUCCGACGAAUUUGUAGAAAAUGUACGGGGCGGCAUUGGGGAUGUCGAUCCUAAGCUGCUCCUCUCGGUCCAUAGCCUGGCGGACACGAUGAAGCCGGAGAGUUCGUCAGAAUACGGCAGUAUAGCCGCUCGGAGCGGAACCGCGAAGGCAAAACCACAGAACUUCGACAACAAUAACACGCAUCGGAUGUUCGGCGCCUUCACCACGCUCUCGUCCGAUGCCCAAGCGGGAAGCCUGCAGCGUGAUAUCACAGACGAAGAAAGGGCCCGCGAGGGCGAGUGCCGCACCCGACCAUUCGCUUAA